AUGCCGCGCAGGGAGCUGCUGCAACUACCGCAAAUGGACAUGCACCACCAGUACAACCUCAAAGUGAGCACUUUGGAGGCAGUUUAUCACUGCAAUCCUAUACUCCUUCCAUUUACGUGGUUUUUAAACAUUGUCCAUGACAAGUUUAGAAAAGGAAAGAUUAAUUUUGAAAGUACUUUGGAAUUGCUUACUAAAUUUGACAUCCCUUUUGAUUAUGUUCAUGUGAAAUACAUUUUUAAGCAGGAAAGUGAUUCAUUCAAGUCUGGAACUAUUACUAUAGAAGAUUUUAGAGGAAUUUAUCGGGCUAUAGCACACAGAUGUGAAAUGCAUGAACUUUUCAAAACUCACUCUCCAAACCACAAAAUCCUACCUCUUUCAAAUCUAGUUCAUUUUCUUAAAGUUGAACAAUUUCAGCCUGAAGUUGAUGAAACAAUCGCUGCUCAACUCAUAGUCAAGUUUGAGCCCAUUGAAGAAGCAAAGAGAAAUACACAGAUGACAUUUGAAGGAUUUCUAAGAUACAUGACCUCUGAGGAUUGUGUGAUAUUUAAAGCCCAGCACAAAGUGGUCUACCAGGAUAUGACCCGUCCACUAUGUGAAUACUUCAUUUCAUCCUCGCACAACACCUACCUCAUAUCUGACCAGCUAAUAGGGCCAAGUCAUCUGUGGGGCUAUGCAAGUGCUCUAAUGAAAGGAUGCCGCUGCCUAGAAAUUGACUGCUGGGAUGGACCAAACAACGAUCCUAUUGUUUAUCACGGACAUACAUUAACAAGCAAAAUUAGCUUUAAGACUGUCAUCCAGGUGAUCAGCAAGUAUGCCUUUUUGGUUUCUGAUUAUCCUCUGGUACUGUCUCUGGAGAACCACUGUAGCCCUAAACAGCAGGAAGUAAUGGCAGAUUAUCUGACAAGUAUCCUGGAUGACAUGUUGGUUAAAUCUACAAUUGAUGAUACAUUGCCAACUGAACUCCCUUCCCCUGAGUCUCUGAAAUUCAAAAUAAUGAUUAAAAAUAAGAAAAUUGGAAUGCUUGAGGAAACGCUUGCAAGGAAGGGCAUGGAUAGCCAUGGUCAGACGGGUGAAUUUGAAGAGGAGGAAACAAGUGAUGAGGAGAAAGAUCAUGACCCUUCGCAUCCCAACCAACCACUGCUGAAAAAAAGACGAGCACGCUGGAAAGGCUCAGCUCCGCCUCGAAAAAAACAAAAGAUGAAGAAAAUAAAGAUUGCCCUGGCACUGUCAGAACUUGUGAUUUUUACCAAAACCAGGAAGUUUGUAAGCUUCAAAGACUCCAGAGAAAAACAGUUUUUUUAUGAAAACAAUUCAAUUGGUGAGGUGAAGGCCCGAAAGCUGGCAAAACUCAUAGCUAAUGAAUUUGUUCAGCAUACAGUCCGAUUUCUUACAAGAAUAUACCCAAAAGGGAUCCGGACCAACUCUUCCAAUUAUAAUCCUCAAGAAUUCUGGAACGUUGGGUGUCAGCUGGUGGCCUUAAAUUUCCAAACAGCUGGACUACAGAUGGAUCUUCAAAAUGGAAAAUUUUUGGACAAUGGUGGUUCUGGCUAUAUAUUAAAACCAGAAUACUUAAGAAAUAGAGACACACAAUUUACCCCAUAUGCUGUAUCUGCAAAUCAUCAACCAGUUCUUCUUACUAUAAAGCUUAUCAGUGGCCAUCAAUUACCACCUAGCAGUCUCUCCAGGAGCAAUAAAGCUGACCCCCUAGUUCUAGUAGAAAUUUAUGGUGUUCCAGAAGACCAGGCAAAGCAACAGAGUUGUGUAGUUAAGGGCAAUGCUUUGAGUCCUAGGUGGAAUGAAACAUUCACAUUUAAUGUCCAAGUUCCAGAGCUUGCCUUAGUACGAUUUGUUGUAGAAGAUCAGCUUUCUCUCACUUCCAAUGACUUCCUUGGGCAAUAUACUUUACCACUUUUGAGCAUGAAUAAAGGUUAUCGUCAGGUUCCACUUUUUUCCAAACUUGGUGUCAACCUGCGUCCUGCUUCACUCUUUGUGCAUGUCUGGUACUUUAACCAAUAA